GGGCAGCUGAGUCGGAGGCCUGGAGUCGAGGGCUUAACUGAGUUGCACGUCCGGUGUCCGAGCUUGUCCACACCGCUUUCGGGCUCGGUGCCCCGCGACCUGCGCACGUUCCCCGUGGACGCUGCACACACGCGUGUCCGUGCGUGGCCUCGUGCGCACCGCGGCCGGGCGCGGGCUCCGGGCUGGUGGCCCUGGCGUCGGUGUCCGAGGACCCGCGUCCGCCCGCUGCCGGCGGUCGGGCUGCCCGGCUUGGCCCGCUCACUUCCCACGCGUGUGUCUGGUCGCGGCCGCGGGAGGCCCCCGCAGCAGACCCCCGGGCGAGGAGGGCGUAGGGGCCGAGGGGUCGGGGUCACGGCAUCGUCCCCGCGCCCGCCGCUCUUCACUAGCCUGCGGGAGGAUUGAGGUGCGGCGUCUCUGACGUCGCUGUUUCUCGAAAAGGCUCGUCGGCCGAGAGAGCGACCGGGAGGUUAUUCUCAGGCGGGGCAGGGAGACCUGCGGACGCUCGUCCCCCAAGACGAUGCUGCCGACCAGUGAUGGGCAAACACUGGCUGCGCUGUGGGGUCGGGAAGGAGCGGGCGCCUCUCGGACUCCCGGUGUCUCUCCGAAGUGCCCCACAGACCAGUGCGGGGAGGCCUGGCCUGCUCAGUCUCGGGGAGCCGCAGGCCACUGCGAGCUGGCGGGGGACGGGCGCCCUCUCUCCCUGCGGCCUCCCUGCGGGCUCUCAGUCGAUCAUCCUCCCCGUGCACAACGCCGAGCCCUGGCUGGACGAGUGCUUGCGGUCCGUCCUGCAGCAGGACUUCCAAGGCUCCAUGGAGCUCUCGGUCUUCAACGACGCCAGUCAGGAUCAGUCUGCGGCCAUCAUUGAGAGAUGGAAGGGGCGGCUGGAAGACGCGGGGAUCCCCGUGGUCAUCGGAGGGCACGACUCUCCUGCACCCCGAGGAGUUGGAUAUUCUAAAAAUCAAGCCAUAGCACAGAGCUCAGGAUCUUACCUUUGCUUUUUGGAUUCGGACGACGUGAUGAUGCCUCAGAGGGUGAGGCUCCAGCUGGAGGCUGCUGCCCAGCACCCAACAAGCAUUAUCGGUUGCCGAGUAAGGAGAGAGCCCCCCAACUCCACUGAGCGAUACACACGGUGGAUCAACCAGCUAACGCCGGACCAGCUUCUUACUCAGGUUUUUACCUCCAAUGGCCCGACUGUGAUUAUGCCCACCUGGUUCUGCUCUCGAGCAUGGUUUUCCCACGUGGGCCCAUUUGAUGAAGGCGGGCAAGGUGUGCCCGAGGACCUGCUGUUCUUCUACGACCACCUCAGGAAGGGCGGCGGGGUCGUCCGCGUGGACCAGAGCCUCCUCCUCUACCGCUACCUCCCAGACGCCGCCACCCACUCUGUCCUCGAGACCACCAUCUGGACCCACCGUGUCCGCUUCCUGGAAGAACGGGUCCUGCCGCGCUGGGCGGCGUUCACCGUCUGGAACGCGGGCAGGCAGGGCCGCCGGCUCUACCGCAGCCUGACGGCUGAGGCACGACGCAAGGUGGUUGCCUUCUGUGACGUGGACGAGAACAAGAUCAGGAAAGGCUUCUACUGCCACGAGGACUCUCAGGAAAGGCCUAAGCCUCGUGUUCCAAUCCUGCAUUUCCGAGCUGCCCGGCCCCCCUUCGUCAUCUGUGUGAAGCUGGACCUCACCGGGGGUGCGUUUGAGGACAACCUGAGGUCGCUGCACCUGCGGGAAGGCCAGGACUUCCUGCACUUCAGCUGACGGGCCCUGGCAGCCACUCCAGGGGGUGUGAUCAGGUGCAGCCCAGGGAAGGUAAACGAUCCCCCAAGUCAGCGACUGAGCCCGGCGGGAAAACUACUCCCCACGACGGAAGCAGCACCCGCGCCUGCCACGACCCACCGGGUCUCUCGGCCCCAUCGCCACACACGCCCACGAGGGCAGCUCCUUCCCUGGCCCAGACACAGUCCACCCUCGGUUCGUGGCCCCAACCACGGCACAGCCCUCGCCUCGGACACUAAUUCUCUCACCACCCACGACACCGACACCGCAUCUGAGCCUCGACCCGGGAGACAGCAGACAGGGCGCGGCCAUGCGGGCCCUGAGGUGGUGAACUUCCGUGCACGGCAGCCUCACUAGCCUUCAGGUUAGGUCCACUCUGGGCAGCUGGAAAGAGGCUCUUUUUUGGGAAAUAAGCGAAUCCGCUGUGGAACCUCCCGGGUGUCCCCAGGGCAGCCGGCACCCGGCAAGAACAGCCGCCCGGCGGGGGUCCACCACGGCCGGUGCCGGUGCAGCCACUCCCCACCUCGCCGUCGGGUCCCCACCACGAGCCGCUCCUGUGGGGUCUCAGGCAAGAUUCUUUGGUUGCACAAAACCGUGAGGGGUCGGGACCCCGUGCGACGCCCACAUGCGCCGGGCACGGCAACGGGCAGGAGGCGCGGGGGGCAGAGGAGGG